AUGUUCCAGAAACUUAUACAGGCGGCCUUCUGGCUGACCUUUCUCACUCUUUGUGCCCAAUCCAGCGCUAUUCCCUUUGAUAAAUUGUCUCCCACUCACGCUUCAUCAUCAGAAUUGCACACUCAUUUGGUUCGGUCCGAGUCAAGCUCUAAUGAGUCGACUCCUCUCCUCAAGUCCGCCAGCUCGUCCGAUAUCGAGCAGGCCCGUCAGAUUGUCAAGGAUGCAAUCGCCCAGGCAUCCGUCCUGAACAAGGCUCGCCUAGACAAUCCAGUAAAGACACCGCACGGUCGUGGAGCUUCUCUCAAGGUCAGACGUGACGAGAUACCGCACCUCCUGAAUGUGACAGACGAUAUCGCUGCUGCCGCGGCCCUUGUGGCCGAAGCGGAUGCCGAGCUCCAAGCCAAUACUACUAAGCGAGCGGUCCACGCCCGCGGUACUUAUUGGAUGGGCGACAUUGCUCGCAAGGGCAGUGUCCCUUGGGGCAGUGAUUCUAGCUACAAGGUCUUCCGCAACGUCCAGGACUACGGUGCCAAAGGUGACGGUGUGACCGACGACACGAAAGCCAUCAUGAGCGCCAUGACUGAUGGCAAGAGAUGUGGCGAGAAAUGCAACGGGUCCACCACUAAGAACGCCAUUGUCUAUUUCCCCCCGGGCACUUACCUUGUCUCUGGUUCCAUCGACGUGUACUAUGGCACUCAGGUCAUUGGUGAUGCCGAGGACCGUCCUGUCAUCAAAGCUGCAGCUAGCUUUGUCGGUCUUGGUGUCUUUUCGACGGAUAAGUAUGUUGGUGGUGUUGGAACUGAUGGUAAGGACAACGAGUGGUAUGUCAACACUGCGAGUUUCUAUCGCCAAAUUCGCAACUUGAUCAUCGACAUCACUUCGACAGACGCCAACGCCUAUGUGUGCGCACUGCAUUACCAAGUCGCCCAGGCCACUAGCAUCCAAAACCUGCUUCUGAUCGCAAAGACCGGCACGACUCAGCAAGGAAUCUAUGCCGAGAACGGCAGUGGUGGCCACAUGUCCGACAUCAUAGUCAGUGGAGGCAACUUUGGAUUUUAUGGCGGCGCUCAGCAGUUCACCGCUCAGCGAAUGACAUUCCAAGGAUGCACCACUGCCGUGCAGAUGAUUUGGGACUGGGGCUGGCUUUGGAAGGAGACUGUCAUUCACAAUUCCGAUGUCGGCUUCCGCCUACUGGGCGAGGGAGGCUCUGGUAACAUCGGAUCAGUCAGCAUCAUGGACUCUUCUUUCUUUGACGUCGGCACGGGUGUCAUUAUCGCCCCGGUGUCGGAGGAACCUGGUACAGGUGCUACUGGUAUUGCUCUGGAUAACAUUCUUUGGUCUGGCUCUGGCGACGUUGUCAAAGACUCCGCAGGCACGACGCUCCUUAGCGCAGGCGAUGUGGACAGCUGGUAUCUGGGUCCCAACUACGGCGCCGGCUACAGAGUAUGGGACCAUGGUGAGGUCGACUCGUGGGACAGACCAGAUGCGCUGCUUAGCGAUACAAACGAUGGCUUGCACAAUACGCCCUUCUUUGAGAAGGAAAGACCCUCCUAUUUGGGGUAUUCUGCCAGCGACUUUGUCCAUCUCAAGGAUUAUGCAACCGGCGACGGUGCCACGGACGAUACCUCGGGCGUUCAGGCCGCCAUCAACAACAACGUUGGCAAAGUCAUCUUUGCUGACGCCGGAACGUACAUAUUGACGGACACUGUUUACAUCCCCGCUGGAACCAGAAUCGUGGGUGAGACUUGGACGCAGUUUGCCGCGUAUGGAGACAACUUCUCCGAUAUGAUGAACCCUAGAGUCAUGUUGAAGGUCGGCGAGGAAGAGGAAGAAGGUGUCGUCGAGUUACAGGAUCUCAUGUUUACCACCAAGGGCGCAACACCAGGUGCAAUCUUGGUCGAGUGGAACAUCAAAGGCACAGAAAAGGGCGACGCCGGAAUGUGGGAUUGCCACGCACGCAUUGGCGGUGCUACGGGAACAGAGCUCACUCCUACAGAGUGCCCAGCACUGACGACUGGCGAGGUUAGGGAGGAAUGUAUCGCCGCAACCAUGAUUAUGCACAUUACAACAACGGGAUCUGGCUACUUCGAAAACGUUUGGCUCUGGGUGGCAGACCAUAUGGUAGAUGAUCCGGAUCUGAGCAGCGAUACCAACGAGAUGACCCAGAUCUCAGUCUAUGUAGCCCGAGGAUUGUUGAUCGAAAGUACAGACCCCGUGUGGCUGUAUGGCACAGCAUCCGAACACUCGACUCUCUACCAAUACAGCUUCCAGUCCGCCGAGAACGUCCUUGCAGGCCUCGUACAAACAGAAUCCCCCUACUACCAACCGACCCCUAAAGCCCCUGCUCCUUUCACGGAUACGCUCGGAAUAUUCCUUGGCGAUCCAGACUUUGACUGCGGUUCCAUAGAGUUCGACGGCUGCGACUCGUCUUGGGGAUUGGUCUUGAGCGACUCGAAAGACAUCUACAUCGCGGCUGCGGGCAUCUACUCCUGGUUUAGUACGUAUUCUCAGGACUGUAUCGACCUCCACGAGUGUCAGAAAGCAUUGGUGCUAGUAACAGACAACGACUCUGGAGUUCGGCUCCAGAACCUGAUCACCAUUGGCGCCGAGUAUUCAGCCGCAUAUAACAAGGAUGAUGGAUCCUACGAAGGCAUACUUGCUACCACGAACCUGGGGGUUUCUACACAUCCUGAAUGGUCACAACUCACUAUAUUUGACGCCCAAGCCUAUGUGACCGACGAUGAAUACGAUCCAGCGGACGACUGCGUGGACGGGGACUUGUAUACCUCCCUAGAUGCCAUCCAGGCAGCUGUUGGCACGAUCCCCACCUACUGUAUACCAGUUUACACCAUUCCGAUUCUGGACAGCAUGCUUUAUCAAGCUAUGGACGACUAUAAUGACGUUAACAACGGCUACGACGACGUGUUUGGAUACUACGAGACAUAUGUCAAGGACCUUGUCCAGCCACAGCUCGACAGUUUCAUGUCCAUCGAGGGCGGUGAUGGCAACAAAUACUUUACUUGCACCUAUCAGGAAGGUAACCAGGCCUCGAAAACUGGCGCUUGCCCCAUCCUGGUACGCUGGGAUGAUGCCGACUACUACACCUUGACUUACACGUUAGUCGACGAAGAGGGGUUCUACACCCAGCUUGAGGAUGACUUUGGCAUUCAGAGAGACUGGGUCACCUUCGGCGAACGUGAGGAUAAGAACACGUGUGUCGGGGCCGGCAGCCACAGCGAUUGCGUACGCUACGACCGAGUGCGACACGGCUACCCGACAAGAAACGACAGCAUGGAAGUUACCAAUCCCAAGGACAUCAUCACCAAGGCACAGAGCGGCCUCGACGACCUCCACGACACCAUGGUCAUCAGCCAGCUCGAAUGGAUUGGCCUCAGCUGGAACGGAAGUGGCAGUGACAUGAUGGAGGUUCUAUCAGUCCCGGUGAGCAUGCUGGAACAGGCAAUUGAUUCCAUGCAACGAGCCAAGGACAUUGGAGAGCAGGAGGAGACGGCUGAGAAGAACAAGCUCAUUGUGGAAAUUAUCAGUGCUGUCCUUAUGGUCAUCCCGUUCGCCGGUUCCGCCCUCGGCGCAACCACCGGCGUCCUCCUGAAGACACUCGGUCGCAUCCUGCUGGUGGUCGGCGACGUCGGGACGGUCGCCCUGGCCCUGAAGGACAUUGUGGAGAACCCGGACUUGGCGCCGCUGGCCAUCAUGGAGAUGCUCGUAGGCUUCGGCGGGGGCGGCAGCAAGGGCAUUGCGCGAUCCGAAGAGGAUUUCUCUACAAUGGCCAAGAUCAAGAAGGCGAUGAGCGACGGUGAUAUUUCCAACGCCGGGGCCAUCUUCAAGAAGAACGACGACAACAUAAAGGCACUGUCCGCAGCCUGUGGCAAGAAAUAG